UCACUGAUCACGUGACACCUACUACGAUUCGCUGAAGUUGAAGAAAAGUUUGACAAGCACGAAGAGCGCGGACGAGCUGCUAAAAACACCCAGGAAAAGGAGACUCAUAAUCGGCACUAACGGUGUUUUUCUGCGGACAAACGAUGGAAUCUGUCGCCCAGAAAGUGCUGACGUCGGGGUUCAGUCUUGACUUGGGACCUCUGAAAGAGCCGCUGGCGUUCAUCCGUUUGCUGGAAUGGGUGUUCUCCAUAUUUGCUUUUGCUACGACUGGAGGUUACAGCGGCACCACGAGCAUCAAUGUCCAGUGCAAGGGCCAUAACAUUGAGGAAAUACAGGCACACUUUUCCUACCCAUUCAGGUUGAUGCAGAAUCCUUAUAAUGUUCCUAACUGCAAAGCAAACGAAACGACUACCACUGCUUACUUCUUGACUGGAGACCACACAUCCUCUGCACAGUUUUACGUCUGUAUUGGAGUGUUGGCCUUUCUCUACUGCACUGCCACACUAGUCCUCUACUUGGGCUACCAGCACAUAUAUAGAGAAUCUAGUCGUGGACCGAUUGUGGAUCUGUUGGUGACUGCAGCCUUUGCCUUCUUGUGGUUGGUAUCAUCCUCUGCUUGGGCUAAAGGCUUGACCGAUGUGAAGUGGGCCACCAGUCCUUCAGACAUUUUAUCCAAUCUUGAGGUCUGCAAGAGUGUUGACAACAAGUGCAGCCCAGGUGCCUUGCCUCACAUGGGCAGACUAAAUGCGUCAGUGAUAUUUGGUUUCCUUAACCUCAUUCUGUGGGGUGGUAACUGCUGGUUCAUUUACAAGGAAACACCUUUCCACAAAUCAGACAACCAGCCUUCAAAUGUGGAGGGGGGAGUUGGGCCAUCGUAACCGCACAGGUUUGAAAAUUGUCUAACAUGUAGUGUUAUUAAAUGAGUCAUUUUGGUACUAAUUGUUCAAAGAAAAAUACUGUAGAUUAUAAGGCAUACAUUUCCAAAACUGACUGCUCCUUUUUUUGCUACUGCUAUGUAUUAAUUUUAUAUUUAGGUAUUAUAUUGUCUCAGAUACAUUUUGGAAACUAAAACCUGAGUUGUUCAUACAUACAAUCAAUAGAUCGUAGCAGUCAAAAAUUUUAUUCUCAUAGAUAACCAGGUAUCAAAAACUAAGUGUCCCUUAUCUCAAAUUGUACUGCAGAUGUAGACUGUACAGCCUCGUUUGUGAUAAAUCAUAAUGAAGCAUCACUCUGUCAACCUGUUACCUGCCAGCAGAAUUUCUGUACCCUACAUAAUUGUUUUUGCCUUCAGCCUUUUCUUAAAACAAACAAAACUCAGGGCUAUUAAGUGUACAAAUUAUAAAAUACCUAAUAAAUAUUAACUACUUUAAGUGCAUUUAUUAUUAACACAAGUCUAGACUGUAGACAAAACCAAAUUUCAGUCCAAUCCUAAAACAUACAGUAUGUAUCAAAAGGUGUUAUUACAAUGAGUGUUCAAUAGUUGAUUGGAAAAAUAAUUCAGUUGCCAAUAUGAGAUUAUUUAUGAUGUGUGAAAGCAAUUUUAUUGAAUCUAUUUUGCAUUAAGUUGUGCUUCAUCAUGUCACAAUGUAAGGUUAAAUUUACUGUUUUAGCCUAGGAGCUGAACAUUAUGUUGAAUGUAGUUCGAUAUAUCCAUUUAGAGCAUUUGAAACUGUUAGACUUGUAGAAUUUCUGAUAUUUUCCCUGAAAGGACAUGUUGUUGUUUUUUCUUUGUCUUGCUUGUUUGUAAUGUUUCUAAGAAAAUGCCACAAAAAGGUCCUAUAUUGUGCCAAAGCCAAUGUACUAGCAGUUGUAUAGCCUUAGCUAGCUGGUAACCUUUUCAUAAACAAUUGACUGAUCUCUAACUUGUUACUAACUACUGCAUACUUUUGUUCUCGCAUUUGCUUGGCUUCUACCUUGACUUUGUUACAAUGGAAGCUGUUAGUCUCUAUUACUGCCAUCAUUGUGAUUUAUUACUUCGAUAUAGCUUUGCUUGAUUCACAGUUUGAUCCACCACUGUGUUAAUAAAAGUGUCACACAGAUGAGACUGGAGUUCCUAUUUCAAUCCAGGAAGGUACUUUGUGGACAUGAAAUGCUGUGCGUCAUUAAAAGGAAGAACUGGA